AUGAGUCCAUUGGGGAAAGAACAAAUCAAUCUUGAAUUUCCCUUUCUAAAACAUACCAACCAGAAAUAUCAAACAACAAUGGGUAAUGAAAUGCUUGUUUACCAUCCAACUGUCACACAGUUGGUGAAAUUCUUAGACACCACCGCCGGUAGAGAGAAAGUAUUGCGUCUAUUGCAAUACUUGUCUCGUUUUAUUGCCGGGAACAGACAUUCCCUUCUAGCCAAGCAUAUUCAGCUUGAAUUUACAAUGGUCAGGAAACUCCUAAGAUUCCUCAAGCCUUUGAACCAUUUGCAAUUAGCUACUAAAUUUUUGCACGCAACUGAAGGUGAUAAUGGAGAUUUGAUUGUUAAAUAUGCAAAUGUGGUCAAAAAUUUGUCAUUUGCUAUCUAUUUGAGUUUAGAUCAAAUUAAUUUGUUUAGACUGUUGAAAUUAAUCCCAGUGACACCCUUCUCUGGCAAGAAGGUUCCACGCUGGGCGAACAUGUUUUGGUUAUACGCUUUACUCAGUGGUAUUGUCAUGGAUUUGAGAAAGAUUCAAUUGACUGAUGCAAGACUGAAAUCUUUGUUGUUUAAAACAGUUGAAGAUGGUGCCGCCCAAGACAAAGUGGCUGAGAAGGCGGAAGUUAAGAAGGUCGCAAAGGAAAGAUUUGCUGCAGUUAGGAGAUUAGUUUGGGACUCGGUUGAUUCAUUCAUUGUUUUGAACAAUUUAUCUUAUUUGUCAAGUAGAGAUGACGCAGUUGGUAUCGCUGGUGUUAUUACUUCUUUAUUCGGUCUCCAAGAUUUAUGGCAAGCGGCAUCUACCUCAAAAUGA